AUGGCAUCAAGACAACAGAAACGUAAAUUUCUUGGACGCAAAAAUGGGGAGAGACAAGCUAAUAAAUAUUUGAGUCAACUUUGUGAAGAUGAUUUUAUACUUGAAUCGCCGUCAAUUGUAUUUCCAGAUGUCAUUCCUGACUAUGAAUUUAUGGAACAUAAAGUAAAAGAAAUUGCAAAUAUUUAUGAUAGAGAUACUCUUGAUUGUAUUGAAGAAAUUAAAAAGAUACUUAACAAACAACGCAACAAUUUAAAAGACUUAAUAAUGAAGAUGAAUAAUAAAUCGGAAUCACCGAAAUCUACUUUGCAUGGAAAAAAUAUUUCGAAAAUUGAAAGAGUGUAUAAAUUAGUUGAAGAUCGCAAAGACAAAGUUACUGGAAAAGAUAUCAUUAACAGUACAGAUAUGUCAUAUGAUAGUAUAAGUGAAGUUAAAGAAUCUAAUAUUAGUCUUAAUUUACAAUCAACGUUUGUAAAUGUAGCUAGUGAUGCAUCUGGAUCAUUUGAAAGUAAAAAAGAAGAAUCAUUAAAGUUAAAACCUAUAUUUUCGAGUCCCAAGAAAAACAACGAAAUAGCUAAUAAUUGUGUCACAGUCAUUCAACAAAAUAAAAAUAUUCAAAAUGAAGUUAAGCAAGAUCUGUUUUUGGAAUUUGAAGCGCAAAUGAAGUCUUCAGAAGUGACAAAUAUAUUCUCUUCUCCCCUUCUUAACUCUACAAAAUUUAAUAAUUCUCUUAUUUGUGGUGUUGAAUAUGAAACGAAAUUUUUUGAAGUUUCACAUUUAUCAACAGAACAUGACUAUAAUAUAAUAGAUUUGUCUGAUAGAGAUACUACAGAUGAUGAAGAUAAUCCAAGGAAAAUUGUACCCAAAUGGGCACAUGUAGAACAUCUUCAACCAGCUCUUAAAAAACAAAAUCAAAAGUUUAGAAAUGUCACAGAUUUUUCAGUAAUAUUUGGAAAAGUUAAUGAUUUUAAUACAGAAACUAUUUUCAAAAAAACGAAAUAUACCAGAACCAGUUCAAAACUUUGGUCUUCUCCAUUAUGUACUACUACUGAAGUAAAAUCAAUUUAUCAAAAACUUAAUGGAAGUGCAAGUGAUUCAUUAUUAUUUGAUGAAUAA